CAACCGUAAUUAAAAUUAAAGAAUGCUCCACACUCUUCGCUCCAUACAAGCUCCUUUCACCCUUAAUAAUACUGCUCGUGCACUCUUCGCCAAAUUUGUCAGAGACAAGCCCCAUCUUAAUGUUGGUACCAUAGGACAUAUUGAUCAUGGUAAAACAACACUUACUUCUGCCAUCACAAAAGUCUUGGCUAAAUAAUAACUAGCUGAGUUCCAAGAAUAUGGUAAAAUUGAUAAGGCUCCUGAAGAGAAGGCUCGUGGUAUCACCAUCAAUAGUGCUACAGUGGAAUAUCAAACCAAAACUAGACAUUAUGGUCAUGUCGAUUGUCCAGGACAUAUUGAUUACGUCAAAAACAUGAUUACAGGAGCUGCCAAGAUGGAUGCUGCCAUUUUGGUCGUAGCAGCCACAGAUGGUUGCAUGGCUUAAACACGUGAACAUGUGCUUCUAUGUCGUCAAGUUGGUGUGGAGACUAUUAUUGUGUUUGUGAAUAAGAUAGAUUUAGCCAAAGAUCCAGAAAUCCAUGAAUUGGUAGAGAUGGAAAUCAGAGAACUUCUUAGCAAAUACGAAUAUGAUGGAGACAAUGCAAAGAUUGUGAAAGGAUCAGCAUUGCUUGCAUCCAAUGAUCAAGAACCAGAAUUAGGAGAAAAGUCCAUUCUUCAAUUACUUGAGACUAUGGACAAGGAGAUCAAAAUACCAUAAAGACCAAUUGAUAAGCCAUUCUUAAUGUCAAUAGAAGGCACAUAUCACAUUGCUGGUAGAGGAACAGUUGUGACUGGAACUAUCGAUUAAGGUAAAGCAUCAAUCAAGGACAACAUCGAAGUUGUCGGAUAUGGUAAACCAAAAUAAACUGCAAUUGUUGGUGUUGAAACCUUCAAAAAGCAACUUGAUUUCGGAGAGGCUGGUGACAAUGUCGGAAUUUUGAUCAGAGGUCUUACAAGAGAUGAUGUUAGAAGAGGAUAAGUUUUGUGCAAACCAGGAUCCUUAACAACUCACAAUUGCAUUGAAUCUAAUCUUUACAUCUUGAAGGAAGAAGAAGGAGGUCGUAAAAAACCAUUCCCCAAUGGUUAUCGUCCAUAAAUGUUCGUAAGAACUGCCGACGUUGCUGUUACAUUAUAUAGGUAUGCCAGGAGAUACCUCCACUGCAAAUUGAAUCUCUCCUAUAACUUACCACUCUACCAAGGUCAAAGAUUUGCACUCAGAGAAGGAGGAAAGACUGUAGCUGCAGGUGUUAUUUCUAAAAUCUUGCCUGAUGAAGUUGCACCAACCUCAAAGAAAUAAAUCUUAGACAAGCAAGAAGCAGCAGAAAAAAAACAAAAGGAAGCUGAUGAUUCUAAAGCAGCAGCUGCAGCAAAAACAGCAGCCGCAGCAGCAAAACCAGCAGCAGGAGCAAAAGCAGCAGGAGGUGCUAAACCUGCAGCCAAAGCACCACCUAAGAAAUGAGAAUAUAUAUAUAAUAAUAAUAUCAAUAUAUAUAUAAUAUUAAAUAUAUAA